AUGGAGGUCCGUAGAGAUUGUACAAAGUUAGAAUUGGAACGCUCUAUUAUUUUGGACAGCUGUUUGGAGGGACCAUUAGAAAGAUUGAACGCGAAGCUUUCUGCAAAGGAUAUGGACUUGAGUAUGUGGACCUCAUCAGACCAGUUUGAACGUAUCAACGCCACCACACCUGCUGACUGUUAUUUGUGUCCCGAAUAA